AUGGCUACUCGAAACGGUGAACAUGUCGAGCCUAAAAUUUCAGUUCAGGUUUUGGUUUUGGGAGACAUUGGACGAAGUCCUCGAAUGCAAUAUCAUGCUAUGAGUAUAGCAAAACAUGGUGGAAGAGUCGACCUUAUUGGAUAUCAAGAGUCCGAGCUACCUUCUGGUUUGACUGAUAAUCCUCUAAUCACAAUCAACCCUCCAUCAAUUCCUACCUUUUUUGUCGCAUACCUCGUUUGCAUUGUACGAAAUACACAUUUAAUAAUUGAUUGGCAUAAUUACGGAUGGACUAUACUCGCAGGAACUAGAGGCUCUAAACAUAUCUUCGUUCGACUUUACAAAUGGUAUGAAGCUUUCUUGGGAUCAUGGGCACCAACAGUUUCAUUCACAGUUUCGAGAGCCAUGGAGCGCCAAUUACGCGAUAGUCCAUAUAAGAUAAAGUCACCCAUAUUCACUCUUCACGAUCGACCUGCAUCCAUUUUCCAACCUAUCACCGAUCAAGAAAAGCGACGUGCUUUUCUUCAACGAUUACCUGAAACAAAAGAUCAUGUUGAUUCUAUCAUGAACGGAGAUGUACGAUUGCUAGUUAGCAGUACAUCGUGGACGCCUGAUGAGGAUUUUAACCUUCUUCUGGAUGCCCUCGUUAAAUAUGGACCAUUUGCCGAAUUUGAUUGUCCACCAAUUCUUGCCAUCAUCACAGGAAAAGGACCACAGAAACAAAUGUAUCUUGACCGAAUUGCAGAACUCACCGAAAGUUAUGAUCUAGUUAAUGUUACGAUCAAAACCGCAUGGCUUGAUAUUGAAGAUUAUGCCUCGCUACUUGCAUGUGCAGAUCUGGGAGUAUGUUUACACAAGAGUAGUAGUGGUGUUGAUUUGCCCAUGAAGGUGGUAGAUAUGUUUGGAGCGGGAUUACCAGUAGUUGGAUAUGAUCAAUACUUUAGUUGGCCUGAAUUGGUCAAGGAAGGCAUUAAUGGAUGGGGAUUUACAACAGCAGAUGAUCUUGCAGAUAUUUUGGAGGAAGUCUUUAAGGAUACAAGUGGCAAGGAGUUGGCGAGAUUAAAGAAGGGGGCCAUAGAAGAGGGAAGAAAGAGAUGGGAUGAAGAAUGGGAUGGGGUUGCAGGAAGACUUUUAGGAUUGAUUGAUUGA